GUGAUAUCCCAGAAGCUCACCCACCACUGCUGAGCCAGAGGGAAGACUUUGGAUAGGCGGAAUCUCAAAGACACUGCUGAGAGAUUGGGCUCUGCCCUGAGAGAACCCUAGGUGGUGUUUCCUGGGGACAAGUCUCAGGCCUGUGGAAAGAGCGACCACUCUCAGCCCCCUUUGUCCAGUGCUGGGAUCUGUGCCGGGUCACAGGUUUCUGACUGGAACCGGUGGAGUUGGCUGUGGGCUGGUGUGGGUCUUGCAGGACGAGGGGAGGGCUGGGCUGUGGAAGGACUGGAGGAGCCUGGGGAGUGUCUUACAUUCUAGGCCAGCACUUCUUCCCCAUUUACAGGCAAAUGGAUUCCCUUCCCCAGCACCUACAGCCACCCAGCAGCCUCAAGGCCAGCCAGAGCUGCCUAGCCUACAACCUCAAAAGUCGGGGGAGAAAAAAUAUGGUGGCUCCUUUUAGAGCUUUUAAGUGGAAAUGUGAGUCAGCUCCUGACUGAUCACAGAGGUCACCCUGCACUGCAGGGGCUCAGAGUGGCCCUGGGAGCUCUCAGUCCAGACCUGCCCCUCACAGCUGUGCUGCUCAGCUCUGGCUGUGGCCACUGCUGAGUGGGUGGCCAUACCAGCGAGCCCGGUGAACCCCGUGGGUAACAGGUUCUUCAGCAUCUUGAGCAUUACACAGAUGCCCUUGAGCUCGUUAGAUAAAGACUGAUAAAAAAAAAAAGUGCAUUGUGACAGAACUUAAAAACAGUAGAUUGACUAAUAGUAAUCCAAAGACCAUUGUACCUCUAACCACAUUUUUGUUUAUUUUUUGAUGUGUUCCUUCAUGGUCUUUCUUGUGGCUCGCCCUAUGCAGUUUACGUACUUGUCGAGAGUUUUAUCUGUCUGCGACAUUGUUUUUGCUGAACUCGGUUUUUCCGAGACCCUCUCUCCUCAUAGGCUCAGUUUCACCACCAUCUGCAGUCGGCCAGUUUCGGUGGCAGAAGAGGCCACAUUUGCUUCCUGUAGGCCCUCUGGGCAGAAGCAUGCAGUGGUGUCUCCUCCUGAUCUGGGCCCAGGGGCUGAGGCAGGCCCCCCUCCCCGCCUCAGGAGCUGUGACAGGCAGAAUAGUAACAGUGGGGAACAUUUCUGCAGAGGAGGGUGGCUCUGUUACCUUACAGUGUCAGCUCUCCUCCACUGCUGCCAAAGUGACUCAGGUCAACUGGGAGCAGCGGGACCAUCUUCUGGCCGUGCAUCAUUCUAGCUUCGGGUGGCACAUCUACCCAGCCUUCAAGGAGCGAGUGGCCCCGGGCCCCAACCUGAGCCUCACCCUCCAGUCACUGACCGUGAACGACACAGGGGAGUACUUCUGCAUCUAUUACACCUACCCUGACGGGAUUUACAAAGGGACACUCUUUCUGGAGGUCCUGCAAAGCUCAGUGGCUGAGCACAGCGCUGGGAUCCAGAUCCCAUUGCUUGGAGCCAUGGCCGCAGUGGUGGCGGUCAUCUGCACAGCAGUCCUUGUGGUCUCACUGGCCAGAAAGAAGAAAUCUCUCAGAAUCCAUUCUGCGGAAAAUGGCAUCAGGACACCAUCAGAACAGGAGGAAUGGAGUCCCAGUGCUCCAUCAUUCCCUGAAAGCAGUGUCCAGGCAGAAGCGGUGCCUGCCAGCCUCUGCAGAGAGCAGAGGGGAGAGGACUAUGCCGAGCCGCACGACUACUUCAAUGUCCUGAGUUACAGGAGCAUCGGGAGCCUCCUCUUCCCAGCAGAGACCGGUUAGCUCCUAGAGGCAUCUUCUGGAGAUACAGUCCUGUCUUUGCUAUCACAGAUGGAGAAAAAAGCAUCUGCACUCUCCAUCACUGCUGUGUGUGUGUGUGUGUGUGUGUGUGUGUGUGUGUGUGUGUGUCUUUACUUGAGUAAAUGAAUGUCAUCCUCUUCUCUGUGUUUCUUCUACACUUCCCUUCCAUUCCAUUGUGGCAGACACGGGAUGAGCAGCUUGUGUCUUGGUUAUGAAUACAAUGUUAAAAAAAAACUUGACCUGGUUUUGAAUCUGGCAGUUUGAGCAGAUUCUGUGGCUCUGAGAAACGAAUUCCUCCUAGUAGCACUGGGCAGGGUUUUGGGCUACAGGGUUUUGUGGUGGAAAAUGAUUAUGGUUUGACUGCAGACUCAUCUCAUUUCUCACUGUCAUUUUUGUGAACAUUCAUACAUUCAAGGCACUUUAUGAAUAAGGCAUGGUACUAGCUUCAAUGGGGAGAUUCAAGGAUGAGUAAACCAUGCUCUUGGGUCUCAGGCACGUGAGAACUUACAGUUAAGUGGGGAGACAACAUUUACAUUAAAAGAUAGUGAAGAGAUAAGGAUACAAGACACAGGCCUUUGGGAAGAGAUGUCAGUUCAAGGUGAGGUGGUUGAGAUAUAGGCUUAUCUGUGGUGAGGUGGCCUGCGAGGAUGAAGGGAACAGUGAGGCUGGUCUGCUGAGAGCAGAAGUUCUCUCUAGGGGACUCGUAGAAACUAAAGUUGGGAGCUAAAAGCCCCACAAGGAAGACCCUGGCACCAAGGGAACCAAAAAGACUUCAGAUUUUAUUUUCUGGGCAAGCAAUUCAAGUCUCCGUGUGUUGGAUAUCCUCAGAGUCCAGUGAUGGUUUGAUACAGAAGACUCUAGGCUCUUCCAGCCACAGAAAUGGUGCGUGUCCACCAAUAGUGCAGGAGCUGCAUCUUAGACCUUGGGCCAUAAUCCAUCCACAUUUUCUCUAUCAAUCUACCGUUGAGCCUUUUAAGAAAGAGUCGGCUUUCCACUAAAAGAAAAACCUGGAUUUUUAAGUCGAGACUUUUCCUAGGGAAAAAAAGAGAGAGUGAUAGAGGGUUUAAAAAACGAACACCCUCAAACUGGCUUCUCUGAACCCUUAAAUUCACGCCUGACCUCUUUGUGCAGGCGUUGGGCUGGCAUCCGAGCUGCUCAUUUCUGUUCAACUGGCAUUUAGGCUUUUAUUCUCCCACCACUUCUCUCAGAGGAAUGAGGGGGGAGGUUGGUUUACAGGUGACUGGUUUUCUUUCAUGGGCACAGGAACCGAGAGAGAAGGUGAAGCAAGCCUGUCUUUUGCCAACUGUUAAAGUGAAGCGUUGCCCUGCUCCCUAAGAAUUAGGCUGGUGGAGCCAGAAGACAAUUCAACUCCUGCUCCUCUUUGGAUUUUUAUUUUUCUCACUUUUCUACCCAACAGGUAUUUAGUUAGCGCAAGGAGCUGAAAUCUGUCCAGAAUGCCAAGUCCUUUGGAAGAGAGGUAGAGGCAUGUAAAAUGCUAUUUCCCAAGGCAGUUCACAGCAUUUUUCUUGCAAAACUAGUUCAAAUUGGUUGGGAGUAGAACACAAUUCACAAGUUGGAAAUGAGCUACAGUGUAAUGACAAUAAGAGAGUGGUGUUUUGAUUUGGUGGAGAGAUAUAUUGGGCCGAGGCUGGACUGAGAGUUGGGUGUUAUUUAACGUGAUUAUGGUAACUGGAAAUGUUUACAAAUACCAUUCGGAUGGUGAUAAAAAUACAAAAGGACCCAUAGAUACUGUAAAUGGGUCAGGUUACUAAAGUGAAUUUGAAUUUGACAGGAAAUAAAUUUUAAAAUGGAAUUCACUGAACUAGAUUUUCCUUGGAGGACCAAAGAAGAAAAUCCCCUAAAAGCCAGAUUCCUGGAGACACGCGCAGUCCAGUAUGGAAGCCACUCUUCGUGUGUAGCUAUCAAGCACGUGAGAUGUGGUUAGUCCAAAUUGAGAUGUGCUGUGCUGUAAGUGUGAAAUACACACCAGACUUCAAAGACUUAAUAUGAAUAAUAAGAAUGUAAACUAUCACAUUAGUAAUUUAAAAAUAUUGAUUAUGUGUCAAAAUGAGAAUCUUUUGGAUAUA